AUGACUGAGUCAUCGCCAGAACAAGGCAUGUUCAAUGUGCUGAAGACUAUUGCGACUGAGGAGGGAGUGCUUAGAGUAGGUCGCCUAGCUCUUCCUAAGCGAAAACUGGUCGAAACACCAAACUUCUUUGCCCUUUCGUCACGAGGGGUUAUACCACAUAUGACCCCGGAUGUCGUCUCUGAACAUACCGAUAUUAAUGGCACAUAUAUGGCUCUGGAAGACUUUGUAGAAAGGUCCCAAAAGAGACUUGAGCCUGCCAUCUUUAACAUAGAUGAAGGCGAUAAGGGGAUGCUGCAUGCAUAUACCGCCACACCAACGCCAUUAGCUACAAUUCUUGGUGCGAGGCGGCAUCCAGCAGCAGUUGCUCCUAUGGGUAACGGAAAAGACUAUGUUUCCAUAUAUACUUCAACCGGCUUCCAGCAACUGAAGAAUAAGGCAUAUUGUAGUAUCGUGCAGAGGAUGCAGCCAGACAUUUUCAUUCCCCUUGCCGACUUGACAUUUGGCAAUUCAAACAUCAGAGCGCAUCUUCCCGCCCCUAAGCGACAGCUCCGCAUGGCUGAGAGGACAGAAGAUUGGGUGGUUGAAACUAUCAAGCUGCUGAAUGCUGAAGACGACAAGGGAGCUUUGAAGCACCGAAUUUUCGCCCCUUUAUUACCAGUCUCUUAUCCAAUGCAGUGGGAAUAUUUGAGUCGCCUAUCUCAAGACCACGUCGAACACCUGUCUGGUUUGGCGGUGUAUGAUGCAGAUAUCCUUCCAGACUUGAAGGAGCAUCAUCCUUUACAGUCAUUGCCGCGCUUAUCAAUGGACUUGAUCAUAUCACCGCACGAAAUCCUUAGACAAGUCCGGCAGGGUAUGGAUCUAUUCACCAUCCUAUUCAUCAACACUGCCUCGGAUGCUGGGAUUGCGCUGACUUUCUCUUUUCCACCACCAACAACGCCCGACAGACAGCCGUUAGGAAUAGACAUGUUAUCGCAAGAUCACCAAGUAUCGGUCACACCACUGUUGGAUGGCUGCCAGUGUUACACUUGCACAAAACAUCACCGUGCAUAUAUACAGCAUUUAUUAAAUGCCAAGGAAAUGCUGGGGUGGACUCUCCUCCAAAUCCACAACCACCGUGUCUUGCAAGACUUCUUCACAAGUAUUCGAGCUUCGCUCAUGUCAGAACCUUCGACUUUCAGAGACCACUGCGAAGCCUUUACCAAGACAUACGAGUUUGAUAUUCCGGUAGGAACCGGGGAGCGACCGCGAGCGAGAGGCUAUCAUUUCAAGUCCGAGGGAGGGCAGAAAAAGAUCAAUCCGCCGGCAUGGGAGAACUUCAAUGAAGACGGUGCUCAAGAUCCGGCAUUAGCUGCGGAGAUGGCGGGACUCGCGGUAACAGGGUCUACUGCCGAAGGGGUCGAGACUCCAGUUGUUCCUGAUCCUAACGCUGACGCGAAAGAUCUCAAGGAGAAGGGCUUCGCUGAUAUCGACACGUGA